AUUUCUGGGUUUUCAAACCAACUUUAAAUAAAGCUGCACUAGGCAAUAUGAUAUGUUUUGAAUGGUCCACGUCGAUAGAAGGCGCUAGUGGUGAAACGCUUGUUUGUAUCAGGGGCGAGUCUGACGACAACAUGACGUGAUAUCCGGUGACAUGUUGCGUUCAAACGCCGCUGUUAACUUUAUAACUAAAAUAACUCAAAUGAAUGAGAGAGUUGGUCUUAAACAUGGCUAGUCAUAGUAAAGAAUACAAUUCGCAUCUUGCCUACAGUAAAGAUAGUAAAUCUUAAUUUUCAAGAACAUACUGGCAUCAUCAUACACACUGCAUUGUUUUCUAACUCUAGCUUGCUAGCUAACGUUAGCCCUGUGAAGGUACAUUGCAUGGAUGAGCUGUGCAGCCUUUUUGACAGGUAGUAGUAGAAGUAGAGGCCGGUUAGACGGUUCUCAUAGACAGAGAAGUAAUCAUGAAUUUAGGGUUACUCGUGUAGCAGAAAGUUGACCGUGGAAAUCCUGAGAGAGUUUACAAUGGCGGGUCCUUUGCUGGAGUAUGAGACGGAGAUGUUUUUGAGCCUCUUCACCACGGACGGAUUGUUGGUGACAGCAGAGGGUCUGGGCAUCGAUCGCAUUCUCUUACAGUUCCUCAGAGUGUAUUCAGAGGAGGGCAGUCUGGUCCUCCUCCUGAACACAACCCUCCCUGAACAGGAAUACUUCACGGAACAACUCCGUGCAGAGGGUGUGAGUCACCUUCCGCGAACCGUGACCAGUGAGGUGCAGGGCAGCGAACGAUAUGACGUUUAUACGCAAGGUGGUGUGCUCUUCGUCACCAGUCGCAUCUUGGUCGUGGAUUUCCUCACAGAAAGGAUACCUGCCCACCUCAUAUCAGGAAUCUUGGUUUACCGAGCCCACAAGAUCAUUGAAUCGUGUCAAGAGGCCUUCAUUCUGAGGCUUUUCAGGCAGAAGAAUAAGACGGGCUUCAUCAAGGCUUUCACAGACAAGGCCACAGCCUUCUCCUUUGGCUUCUGUCUGGUUGAGCGCGUCAUGAGGAACCUCUUCGUCAAGAAGCUCUUCCUGUGGCCCAGAUUCCAGGCAUCUGUGGUCAGUGUGCUGGACCGACACAAGCCCGACGUGGUGGAGCUUCACGUGUCUCUGACGCCGGCCAUGAGGGCCAUCCAGAGCUCGGUGAUGGACAUCAUGAACGCCUGUCUGAAGGAGCUGAAGCGCUACAACCCCACCCUGGAGGCUGAGGACCUUUCCCUGGAGAACUCACUGGGCACUGCGUUCGAGAAGACUAUUCGUCAUUAUUUGGAUCCCUUGUGGCACCAGCUGGGAGCCAAGACCAAGUCCCUGGUGCACGAUCUGAAGAUCCUGAGAACCCUCCUCCUGUAUCUCACUCAGUACGACUGCGUGACCUUCCUCAACCUGCUGGAGUCCCUUCGCUCAAGCCAGAAGAACUUUGGAAGCAACUCAGGAUGGCUUUUUCUGGACUCGAGCACCUCCAUGUUUGUCAACUCUCGUCAACGUGUCUACCGCAUCCCCGAGGCAAAGAAGAAGCUGAAGGUGGGAGGAGAGAAGGAACAGAAGAAGCCCACUCCCGUGGAAGUAAAGAGACAAGUGGUGCUGGAGAGGAACCCAAAAUGGGAGGCUCUGUCAGAGGUGAUGCGGGAGAUCGAGAAGGAGAACAGCAGCCGAGGGUAUGCUGCAGGCCGGGUUCUGAUAUGCGCCAGCGAUGACCGCACAUGUGCCCAACUGAGGGAGUACGUCCAGCGCGGGGCCGAGGCGCUGCUGACCCGCCUGUAUCACCGCACCGUUGGGAAAGGGGAGGCCGUCUCCACUUCAGAGCUGGGCAGACAGAGCAAACGAUGGGGCGCCAGGGAGCCCAGCAAGAACUCAAAGGGCAAAAGACCCAGAGCCAAGCAGGGAAAAGCUGGCGGCAAGGGCCCCAAAGCUGCCCUUUCCCGCGCCCAAAUGGUGGGGAGAGAGGGAGAGGAGGAUGCCAUGCAUAGCGGAGGAGAGGGAGAGGAAGGCAUAGAGUACGAUGAUGAAGAACAAGAGGAGGAAGAAGAGUUGGAUUUGAAUCUGUCUUCGGACUCCUACUAUGGAAUUCUGAAAGAGCCAUUAACGGUCAUCCACCCACUGCGGGGCUGCAGUGACCCCUACGGUCUGACGCGGGUACUGCACGAGGUGGAGCCCACCUAUGUGGUGCUGUACGAUGCCGAGCUCAGCUUUGUGCGCCAGCUGGAGAUUUACAAAGCCAGCCGGCCAGGAAAGCCUCUGAGGGUGUACUUCCUCAUCUACACUGGCUCCACUGAGGAGCAGAGAUACUUGACAGUCCUGCAUAAAGAGAAAAAAGCAUUUGAGCAUCUUAUCCGGGAAAAAGCCACCAUGGUAAUACCUGAGGAGAGAGAGGGACGAGAGGACACAAAUUUGGAUCUGUCAAGAAGUCAGGAGCCAGCCAACGCCACCACCAACUCUCGCAAAGCAGGGGGUCAGGAACAAGUGAAAGAGCCGAGCCGUGUGAUCGUGGACAUGCGCGAGUUCCGCAGCGAGCUCCCGUCCCUGCUGCACCGCCGCGGGCUGGACAUCGAGCCGGUCACGCUGGAGGUGGGCGACUACAUCCUGACGCCGGAGAUGUGCGUGGAGCGCAAGAGCGUGAGCGACCUGAUCGGCUCGCUGCAGAGCGGCCGCCUCUACUCGCAGUGCCUUGCCAUGACGCGCUACUACCGCCGGCCCGUGUUGCUCAUCGAGUUCGACCCGGCCAAGCCCUUCUCGCUGGUGGCGCGCGGCGAGCUGCGCGGCGAGAUCUCGGCCAGCGACGUCACCUCACGCCUCACGCUCCUCACGCUUCACUUCCCUCGCCUGCGCCUCCUCUGGUGCCCCUCGCCCCACGCCACCGCCGAGCUCUUCGAGGACCUGAAGCACGGCCGGGCCGAGCCGGACGCUGCAGCCGCGCAGGCCGUCACCGCCGAGUCGGACACCGUUGCCGAGUCUGCCGACCUCUACAAUCCCGGCCCGUACGACAUGCUGCUGCGCAUGCCUGGCGUCAGCACCAAGAACUGCCGGGCACUUAUCAAGCAUGUGAACAGCCUGGCAGACCUGGCCACCCACAGUCAAGAGAGGUUGGCAGAGAUCCUGAGCAGUGGCAACAAUGCCAGGCAGCUGUACGAAUUCCUGCACUUCACUGCAGAGGUCAGUGUAGGGCAGAAAGGGAAGCGUACUUAAACAGGACUAAUGACAUUUCUCAGGGAGGUUGCUGCCAUGAAGUGUUGAGGUUGCAAGUUGAGAGUAAAAAUGGAGCUUUGGAUGGUUACAUGGGUUGGGAUAGACAGGAAGUAUUUUUUUUUAACAAAAUUAUUUGGAAAUUCAAAGCCAUGUUGAAUUAAUGCCUUAAUGUCUUCAGGUUUUCUGAGGACUUUCUUAACUUAAAAGAUAUUCAUUGUAAGGUGAUGAAAAUAUUUCACACUGUGUUUUGUGGCCUGUAUGCGGUAUACAGUUUAAAAAUGUGUAGUGAUUUUGCUAAAUUGUUAUGUAAAAGUAAGUGUAGGAUUCUUAUGUCCUUAAACUAUAUAUGAAAUAGCGAUGCUAAACUAUUUUUUAUAUUU